AUGCUAUGGAUUUUACCAUUUUAUCGAUUAUGCCGGACAUCGAAAAAAGUGGAGAUCGAAGACCUGCUCAAGUGUUCGGCCGAAGACGAGGCCGAUAUAGUGGUCGCGGAGUUGGAAAAAAACUGGAAUUCGCAGCUAAACCGAGAUGAACCAAACUUUUACACAGCAUUCCGGCAAACAUUUGCACUACAACCAAUACUGUUGGGAAUUAUUGUCAGACAUUUCUCGGCCACUAAUAGUGACGAGAAUUUCAUGCCAAUUAGUAUAGCGGCCUGUGCUAUAUGCCUGUCCAUACUGUCCAUCAUCAAUACACAACACCCGGCCUAUACCGCCAGCAAUAGGCUCUCUAUGCGGGCCAAAGUGGCCUGGAAUACAAUUAUAUACAAAAAGUGUCUGAAACUGAGCCGAUCAUCGCUGGCCGACACAAACGUCGGACACAUCAUUAAUCUAACCACUAAUGACACCAAACGUUUCGAUGAAUUUGCAAUUGUGGGCAGUUAUCUGCUGGUCGUACCGAUUCAGACCAUUAUUUUCAUGUACAUCGGGUGGCAAUACUUGGGCGCCGCGUGUUUGGCCACAUUCGCCGGUCUUUGUCUAUUCAUACCAUUGGUCUCUUGGAUUGGCACCAAAAUCACAGAAAUUAGAUCCAAGACAAGCAAACUAACGGGUCAUCGCAUAUGUCUGACAAACGACAUCAUCCGCGGUAUACGUGUCAUCAAAAUGUAUGGUUGGGAACAGUAUUUCCAGCGCCUGAUACACGACGCGCGCCGACAAGAAGUGAAACAAAUUCAAAAGUCAUCGACUCUACUGUCGCUAACACUGUCCGUGUCGUUCAUAUCGGCCCGACUGUUGCUAUUCCUGUCGAUCAUCGCAUUUGUGGUGACCGGCGGCCGAUUGACAGCCGAGACAGUGUUCGUGACGAUCGCUAUGUUUGAACGGCUCCGCUACUCAAUGACAUGGAUGUUACCGCAGGCCGUGUCCGGUGCGGCCGAAGUGGUGGCCGCCUGUAAACGGUUGCAACAGUUUUUGCUUUUGCCCGAAAUGAAACCUAUUGUACGUCAAAGUGGUGCCAAACCUGAAGCCACAGGUGUCGUGAUCGCCGGCCUCUCCUCAAGCGUGCCUUCAUGGCCGCCUUUUUUGCUUUUGCCCGAAAUGAAACCUAUUGUACGUCAAAGUGGUGCCAAACCUGAAGCCACAGGUGUCGUGAUCGCCGGCCUCUCCUCAAGCGUGCCUUCAAUUGAUCCCAAAUACAAGAAUAAGUCUAAAUAUCUUCUCAAAGAUAUCAACUGUGAUGUAAAACGGGGCGAAUUGAUGGCCAUUGUGGGGCCGGUGGGCGCCGGGAAGAGCUCAAUAUUUGCGGCAAUUCUGGGAGAGUUGGAUGACAUGACUGCCGGUAGUGUCGGAGUGAACGGCUCCGUCGCAUACGUGAGCCAAAAGUCGUUUUGCUUUAACGGCACGAUUCGCGACAAUAUUCUGUUCGGUCGACCCUUUGAUCACAAACUAUACCAUAAAAUACUCUUUAUGUGCGCUCUGGAGGAAGAUCUCAAGAAUCUGAGCGCCGGUGAUAUGACAGUUGUCGGCGACAGGGGCUCGACGCUGAGCGGUGGCCAGAGGGCCAGGAUUAAUUUGGCCAGAGCACUUUACUUGAACGCCGAUAUCUAUCUCUUGGACGACCCGUUGAGCGCCGUCGACGCCUCUGUAGCCAAACAUAUAUUUGAAAAUUGUGUGUUGGACUUCUUGCGCGACAAAUGCGUGCUUUUGGUGACAAAUCAGAUGCAGUUUCUGAAGAGGAGCACAAAAAUACUAUACCUAAUGAGCGGCCGGUGUCUGGCGUUUGGCGCCUACAAUGAUCUGCUCAAUAGUGGCAUUGAUUUCAUGGCAAUACUUAAAGAGCCCAACACUGAGAACAAUACCGACGCCGAAGACACCGAUUCCAGUGACAACAGUGUCAAAGUGAUGGACAAGAAAAGACAAUCAAACAAUAAAAACAGCGCUAAACUUAUGGUAAAAGGGUUUAACAUCGAUGAUGAUAAUGAAAAUACCGGUGCGAUUGGUCUGCGAGUAUAUUUUGAUUACUUUACCGCCGAUUCCGGCUGUACUCUCAUCGGAUUCGCGUUGCUGUCAACACUAGUCACGCAAUUCCUGUUCCAUAUGACCGACUAUUGGCUUACAUUUUGGGAUGACAAUAAGAGUGAAUCCGUGACCACCACUUCGGACACGAACCGCAAGAAUAUCAUGAUAUACUCACUCAUGAGUUGUGGUCUAUUUGUUUUCGCCACAUUGCGAUCGAUGACAUUCUUCCACAUGUGUUUGCGUUCAUCGCAUUUCUGUCACAAUCAGAUCUUUGACAGACUUUUGCGCACAUCGAUGGCUGUCUUUGAUUACAUGCCUAUCGGUCAAAUACUCAAUCGAUUCACACGUGAUAUAGGGAUACUCGACGAGACUCUUCCACAGAAACUCUUUGAUCUAAAUUUGGCUCUGAUCCAAUUGAUCGGUCUGUUAACGGUUGUCAUAACUGCCAACCACUACUUCAUACUCCCGGUACUGGUGUUCGCGACCGUCCUAUACAUCGUGCGUCGGCUGUACGUCAAGCCGUCGCAAGCGAUGCGCAAAUUUGAAGCCAUGACCCGUAGUCCGCUAUACUCGCACAUUAGCACCACGAUGGAGGGUCUGACCACAAUCCGGGCGUUUGGCGUACAAGAGCUGUUCCGGCGUCAGUACAGCGCCUACCAGAACGACCACACGAGCACGUGGUGGCUACAGGUGUCCACCGCCCGCUUCUUCGGCGUGUGUCUCGAUUACAUCGGUUUCGUAUUCAUCACAAUCGUUAUCUCGUUGUUACUCGUCUUCAGAUCAGAUGUGUCGGACACUAGCGCCGGACUGGUCUUCUCGUCCAUAUUGGCGAUGAUAUCCAUCGCUCAGUGGGCUAUCAAACGGACAGUGGAUGUGGAGAUAUGGAUGACAUCGUUGUUACGGUUGAAACAGUAUUUGCAUUUACCGGAAGAGCGGAUGGAAAUGGAGGACAGCGAGGAUGGCGUGGAGAAGAGAAAACGCUUUCAGAUACCCGCCGAGUGGCCAAAGAGUGGUCAGAUUACUGUUCGCAAUCUGCGGAUGACGUACCCGAACAACAGCGGCGAACUGAUCCUCAAGAAUAUCAGCCUUAAGAUACUGAACGGCCAGAAGAUUGGUAUCGUUGGCCGCACCGGCAGUGGUAAGACAUCGCUGAUCAACGCCCUGUUCCGACUCAUGCCAUCCGAUGGCAAUAUCACUGUCGACGGCAUUAACAUCAAUAAUAUAGGUCUGAAAGAUCUGCGGAAGAACAUCUCGAUUAUACCGCAGGAGCCGACGGUCUUCAACGGUUCCAUUCGCGCCAAUUUGGAUCCGUUUGAAGAGUUCACGGAUGAGGAGGUGUGGCGGGCGUUGGACGCGGUGCAGCUCAAGACACUGGUCCAGUCGCUGCCCGAACGGCUCCGGGCGGUCAUAUCGGAAGAGGCGCUGACACUGAGUGUGGGUCAGAAGCAGCUGAUCUGUCUCUCCAGAGCUAUACUCCGGAAGAAUCGCAUAUUGAUCUUAGACGAGGCCACCGCUAAUGUCGACCACAAGACCGAUGCGCUCAUACAGACGGCCAUUAAGACCAAGUUUAGCGACUGCACUGUGAUUACGGUCGCCCAUCGCAUCGAGACCAUCAUCGACUGCGAUCGCAUUCUGGUGAUGAAGGAGGGGAUGAUUGUGGACGACAACUGCCCUCACCUUCUUCUGGAACAGGAGAACAGCUAUUUCUCGCAAUUAGUCAAACAAACGGGUCGUCUGAUGGCCAGUCGACUGCAAGAGUCGGCACAACAAAGUUUCCACAACAAGAAACAAGUGUUGAACAGAAACACAGCCAUCGAUACCGUCUUAAGGCAGAGGAAUAUCUGAAGACUUUGUUUCUCCGAAAUCAUUGUUUUUCAUCGCUUAUGAAAUUAAAUUAUUUUUAGGCAUUUAUUUCCAAAUGAAUUGCUAUUUAUUUUUCAAUAGGUUUUUAUAGCACUUGUUUUUAUUGUGU